GAUAACGACACCCACUUUUCCUGACAAACACCACGCUCUCAUCAUUAUCCACACUUUUGUCCAACUCCAUCGGUCAAUCAAAUUAAAAACUCCAAGCUAAUAAGUUUGGUAAACUACACCCACAGAUUCAAGAAACGCCAUCCAUGGAUCGCCCCAGCAGAGAAUCGGGCCGGGAUGAGCAGCCCGGAAGUGGCGAGGAUUUGGGCAUUAUUGAUCCCAAGAAAAGCGAUGAGUCUUCGUCGGAGUGUGUGGAGAGGAUUUUCGAGUCCAAAGAGGUGCCUUCGUGGCGGAAUCAGCUCACUUUUAGGGCUUUCUGCGUCAGCUUCGUCUUGGGCGUUCUCUUCACUUUCAUAGUCAUGAAGCUCAACCUCACCACUGGGAUUAUCCCUUCUCUCAACGUCUCUGCGGGCUUGCUGGGCUUCUUCUUCGUCAAGACUUGGACAAAGUUUCUUGAGAAAUCUGGGUUCUUGAAGCAGCCAUUUACCAGGCAAGAAAAUACUGUGAUUCAGACCUGUGUUGUAGCCUCCUCCGGCAUAGCCUUUAGCGGAGGUUUUGGAAGCUACAUGUUUGGCAUGAGCGAGUCUGUUGCCAAGCAAAUGACUAUAGCUAACAAUGCCGAGAAUAUCAAGAACCCGGGGGUGGCAUGGAUGAUUGGAUUUCUCUUUGUUGUCAGCUUUCUUGGGCUCUUUUCAGUUGUUCCGCUUCGAAAGAUAAUGAUAAUAGACUUCAAACUCACGUAUCCAAGUGGCACUGCAACUGCUCAUCUAAUCAACAGUUUCCAUACCCCACAGGGAGCUAAGCUCGCAAAGAAACAGGUUAGAACUCUUGGGAAAUUUUUUUCUUUCAGUUUCCUCUGGGGCUUCUUCCAGUGGUUUUUCAAGGCAGGAGAUGACUGCGGAUUUUUAAAUUUUCCCACAUUUGGUCUUGAAGCGUAUAAAAACAGAUUUUACUUUGACUUCUCGCCAACUUAUGUUGGUGUUGGAAUGAUUUGUCCACAUCUAGUCAAUGUAUCUGUGCUACUUGGAGCAAUCCUUUCAUGGGGGAUAAUGUGGCCUCUCUUACGGGAGAAAAAGGGCGACUGGUUUCCUGCAAAUCUAAGUGACAGUAGCCUAAACGGAUUGCAAGGUUACAGGGUGUUCGUAGCAAUUGCCUUGAUUCUCGGGGAUGGUCUUUACAAUUUCUGCAAAGUCUUUAGUCGCACCUUAUAUGGCAUUUAUAGCCAAUUAAGGAAUAAAUCAGUGUUACCAGUUGCGGGGCGCCCUUCUCCUGGAGAAACUCCGGUGUCUUUUGAUGACCAACGAAGAACCGAGCUUUUCCUCAAGGACCAAAUCCCGAUGUGGUUUGCAGUUGUGGGCUAUGUAGUGAUUGCCAUAAUCUCCAUUAUAACGCUCCCGCACAUCUUCCAUCAGCUGAAGUGGUACCACGUUUUGGUGAUGUAUAUCUUUGCGCCAUUACUAGCCUUCUGCAAUGCUUAUGGGACUGGCCUCACUGACUGGUCACUAGCCUCGACUUAUGGGAAGCUUGCGAUUUUCAUAAUCGGGGCGUGGGCGGGGGCGUCUCAUGGCGGGGUUCUUGCAGGGCUAGCUGCUUGUGGUGUCAUGAUGAACAUUGUGUCCACAGCAUCAGACCUCACACAGGACUUCAAGACGGGGUACAUGACUCUGGCUUCUCCCCGGUCCAUGUUCGUUAGCCAGAUUAUCGGGACUGCAAUGGGGUGCGUGAUCUCCCCGCUUGUGUUUUGGAUCUUCUACAACGCUUUCCCCAACUUGGGUAAAACGGGGUCAGAGUACCCCGCCCCAAACGCUGCUGUCUUUCGUAACAUGGCUAUCCUCGGGGUGGAAGGCUUCUCAGCGCUUCCCAAGAACUGCCUCACGCUUUGCUAUGUAUUCUUCGUUGGAGCUAUUGUGAUAAACGGGAUGAGGGAUGCGGUGGGGAAGAAGAGGGCGCAGUUCAUUCCCCUCCCAAUGGCAAUGGCUAUACCAUUCUACAUCGGGAGCUACUUCGCGAUUGAUAUGUUUGUUGGAACCGUGAUAUUGUUCGUGUGGCAGAAGAUAAACAGGGCGAAAGCCGACGCUUUUGGACCCGCUGUGGCUUCGGGACUAAUAUGUGGAGAUGGCAUAUGGACUUUGCCUGAUUCAAUACUUGCAUUGGCUGGGGUGAAACCACCUAUUUGCAUGAAGUUUCUGUCCAGGAAAGAUAACACAAGGGUUGAUACUUUCUUACAUCCUUAAAUCAAGUCAUAUAUGAUGAUUCAUAUUUCCUGUUUGAUGUAUAUAGUGAUAUUGAUGCCUAUACAAGUAACUAAGAAGUCUGUACCUGGUUUAAGAUCAUCAGCUCAAAGGGAUACUGGGAUUGUUUGUCUUUAUUAUAGAUGUUCAUAGUGGUUUGUGAAUAUCACUCAUACUUUAGAGGUUUGUGAUGUUAUGUGAGUUUAAAACAAAUUUUAAGUUACAAUGUCAUUAAAGAAACAAUAUGAAUCAAAAUAGAGUUAAUUUCAAGAAUGGUUAUUGAUA